AGGCUAUGGCGCUUCCUGACUGGAUGGUAACACUGGUAGCCGCCGCAUCCUUCUUGUGUUUCUUAUGCUUAUGUGUCCGCUACAGACGCAAAGGACAGCUGCUGUGGAGGAAAGCGUUGAUCAAAAUAAUGGCCCGCACGGAGAAGCCGUUGUUCCGAAUCGCGUACACACUCUACACCAGGACCAGACUUGGCUACAUGUACUACAAGAGACAAAUGAGGAAGGCCCGAGAGCAUUACCCUGCUGGACACUCCACAGCUCAGCCCGUGGAGUUCAAUGGUAUCAAAAUAAUUCCCAUCCCAGUACUGUCUGACAACUACAGCUACCUUGUAAUUGACACAGCCUCCAGUGUUGCAGUUGUUGUCGACCCUGCAGACCCUCAAACAGUUCAGGCAGUUCUUGAGGAAGAGGGAGUGACUCUGGAAGCAAUACUCUGUACACACAAGCAUUGGGAUCACAGUGGGGGAAACAAAGGGUUGAAAAGGCUUCACAGCUCAUGCAGAGUUUAUGGAAACGCAGCUGAUAACAUUCCUGGCCUCACACACCCUCUCUCACAUAAGGACUCAGUAACAGUUGGCCGUAUGCACUUUAAGGCCCUCUUCACUCCGGGACACACAGUGGGCCACAUGAUCUACCUCCUGGAUGGCCGGGCGGUUGACGCUCCCUGCAGCCUCUUCUCUGGUGACCUGGUGUUCCUCUCAGGGUGUGGAAGGAUGUUUGAAGGCAGUGCCACAACAAUGCUGUCAUCUCUGGACACAGUCGCCUCCUUGAGUGAUGAUACGCUAUUAUGGCCCGGUCAUGAGUAUGCAGAGGACAACCUACUGUUUGCUGCUGAGGUUGAGCCUCGCAACGCUGCCAGGGAAAACAAAUAUCAGUGGGUGCUGCUGCAGCGAGGCCAGAAGCUGUGCACGAGUCCCUCCACCAUUGGAGAAGAGAGGCAGUACAAUCCUUUCCUGCGCAGCCACUCUGCGGAGCUCCAUCUUGCCCUGGGCCUCCAGCAGUUCCAGGAUGAAGACUGGACCCAGUUUAGAGCUCGGGUGCUGGAGGAGCUGCGAAAACACAAAGACCUCUACAACAGAAGAUAGUACAAGAAACACUACAGCUACACCGGCGGACAGGAGCCAGCUCAUCUGUACUGGACAGUGGUAUGUUGUAAAGGAACGAUGAGCGGAGCUCUGAGGUACUGAAAAAAAAAAAGGCUAAAUCUGUUUAAAGAAUCUGGUGAAGGGGCAUUAAGUAAUUUUUGACCUUUAUCAACCUGGAUCAGAGACCACUAGGAGCAUAGUCUCAAUUUUAUCAUGACAUGAUACUAAUCAAUAAGCUGAUUACCUCUCCACGUACUGUACAUUAUGCUGAUUUUUUAUUUAUAGACAGAACAAUGAUCAUUCAUUGCCUCUUUUACAUAGAGACAUAAACACUAAUGUAGAUUUGCAUGAGUAGCUUUCUGUUAGUUAACAAAUAGUUACAGGCAGAUUUCUGGUGUGUGAAGCAGAUCUGCACACUACAUGGGUUAAUUUAGCAUGUUAGGUACUGUAUUUUUUUACUGCACAGCCUGGUUUAUAUGAGCUAAUACAGUGUUUUAGAAACCUUACAUUAAGAUAUUAGGUACGCUGUUUCACAUUUUUUAUUAGUUGCUGAAGAGUAAUUAGCUUCUUUAUGGGAGUUGUGAUUUUGGGACUUGAGCAUUGAGUAGAAUAUUUGAUUUUGUCGUUUUUUUUCAGCAAUAAUGGUACGGUUAAUUUAACAAAUCAGAGACGCUCUUUGCUGUCAGUAGCACAAUGUACAGAAACAAGGUUGUACACUAGCCCUUCAUGUGAAUCUUUGUUAGCUGAAUCUAAGAGCCAGUUAAAUGUUGGCUUAAAAGAGAUGAUGCUGACGUGAGGUCUUUAUGAUGUGUUUUCUUUCCCCAACAAGUUUUAUGUUAUAGAUCCCAGGUAUUAGAGGUGGAACACAUUUUCUACUUCAACCUUUAUUUGUACCUUUCAGCAAAUUAUUUUUUGCCGAACCAAUUGUUCAUCAUAUAGAACUGUGUUUUUCAAGUGUUAGUAUUUGCACCAUGUGAAAGAUGUGACUGGUAUUGUAGUGUAUGAAACAUGACUGAAUUGCUGUUGAAGGGAUGACUGGUUUCUAGUGUUAGAAUGUAGAAAAUUAAACGCACAGGGUGAUGUUGAAUCAACCCAUCUGCUGGCAUACACACCCAUAUCUUGAAAUCACUUUUGGAUUUUUGUUUAAAAUGUGUCAUAUUAAAGAGUAAGACGGUGAUGGAUAAUCUUUCAUUUUCUUCCUAAUAUGAGAAUACAAUGUGACAUUGACUGGUACUCACUUUAAAAUUCCAGAGGGAGUGUUUUUAUAGCCAAUUUGAAGACGUUGGAAACCAAAAUUGUACAUAAUUUUUUAAUAUAUUGAAGGAAUUAUUAUACAGUGACAAUACGAUGGAAUAAUUUCAGUAUAAUAAACUGUUUUCUUCCCCUGUA